GGACUGCCAAAUGUGGAACACCAUCCGCCAAUUCAUCGAUCAGCUCCAUCCGCUUAUUGACAACCACACAUCCGCCAUGCAGCCAUCCAGGCGAGCUACACAUGCUGGCUCUUGGUAUUCCAGCAGUGGUCGAACGCUCGACGCGGAGCUGACCCAAUGGUUAGCUGCCGUCACUUCAGAUGAGGACUUUGCACCCCCAAUCACAGGCUGCAAGGCCAUCAUUGCUCCGCAUGCUGGAUAUUCGUAUUCAGGCCCUGCCGCAGCAUGGGCAUACAAGAGCAUAGACACAACCGACAUUAAAUGCGUAUUCAUCCUCGGACCUUCCCACCAUGUUUAUCUUGACGGGUGUGCACUUUCGAACUGUGAACAGUACGAAACACCACUAGGCGAGUUGCCCUUGGAUCUCCAAGUCAUCCGAGAUCUCCGGGACACAGGUGAAUUCGAAGACAUGGACAUUCAAACCGACGAAGAUGAGCACAGUAUCGAGAUGCAUCUAUCUUAUGUACGAAAAGUAUUUGAAAACUCUGAUAUUUCGAUCGUGCCAGUUUUAGUGGGUGCUAUCUCAAAGGACAAAGAGGCUGCAUACGGACAGAUAUUGGCCCCCUACCUGGCUAGAGAAGAUACCCUAUUCGUCAUCUCGAGCGAUUUCUGCCACUGGGGUACACGGUUCAGCUAUACGUAUUAUUACCCGGAGCCUCUCCCAAGCAACACCCCUGGCAUCCGUCUUUCUCGAUCUGGUCCCCCACCCUCAACGUUGUCCAGUAGACCUAUCCACGAAUCUAUCUCUGACCUGGAUCACGAAGCGAUGCAAUUGCUAACUAUACCUCCGGGAUCAGCUGUGAAUGCACACCAGGAGUUUGCGUCUUACUUGGGAAGAACCAAGAACACUAUUUGUGGUCGGCACCCCAUUGGGGUCCUGCUGGGUGCACUGUCCGUGUUGGAGCAGGAUGAGACUCACAGCGUUAAGAUUAAGUGGGUUCGUUAUGAACAAAGCAGCCAGUGCUUCAAUAUCAGGGAUUCUAGCGUGAGCUAUGCAAGUGCUUACAUCUCGUUCUGAAUCAUUUUGUAGCGAGUAGUGUCAGUGUACUAAUACAAAUUACAGUGUAAGUUACGGUGUAUAUCAGUUCCAAAGUAUGCGAGAAGUGCUGUUAGUUUUGUAUUCAAUAAAAUAUGGACAGUAAGAGGUUUGAUUGGAGCUUUUAAUUUCAGGCUUUGGCGAGUCCGAAACUAAAGAAGAGCUUACAGUCGAUAUACCACGUUGAGACAGGUUUCGUAUCAGUCAUCAUUCCACUCCAGAGGCAUGAUUCUCAGUCGCAUCGCUCCGGUCCUUAUCCGCACUAUCGAUCUCACGCAACAGCUCCUCAUAUUCUGGGAACAGUGGAGCCGUCAUGCGCCGGCAGUAGGAGCGUAGAACAUGGCUACUGAUAACCAUCGAAGUAAAAUACGGAUUUGCCUUCGUACCCAGGCUGCAGGCAAGAAAGGCGGAGAUGGUGACGUCGAUGGUGGUAGGUUUCUCACCGUGGAAGUACGGAUGUGCAGAGAGACGCACUUCCAACGCCUGAAUACCCUCCUUCUCCAAACUCUUCACCUCCUCUUCAGAGUGUCUCCCCAUACCUUCGGCCCACAAAGAAUUCUUGGCGCUCCUCUGAAACAUCCCAAGAACGAAGGAGCUGAGGGGCCAUGGGAGCCAGAAUGGAAGUGGAGUCACUUCCAGUGCCUCUGCCAUCAUCGUCGCAAAGUUGUCGUCUUUGCAAUACUUCUCGUACCUCAUAGCACUAUAUAGGACCUCUUCCAUAUACGCCUGGAAUGCCCGAGACUCGCUCUUCUGAGAGGCUGUGAGCCCAGCUUGAUCAUCUGGGUUGGCAGAUAUGCCGUUUUCGACGAGAUAGCGAAUGAUGAAAUGGGAGUCGGCGAUAGUCACUGUCUUGCCCUCGUGCUGAACGUCGACGUAGGGGAGCUUGCCCUUUGGAGCUUUGUCCGUCAUAGUCUCGCGGACCUCGUAAGGUGUCGAGGUGAACCUCAGAAAGGUCUCUAGUUUUUGGCAAAAGGCGGAAUAGCUUGGACCUCGGGCUGGCUUGGCGAAAGCCCAGAGGAUGACUUUGCUUUGGGAGGCGUCGGAUGUUGACAUGACUAGGACUGGGAUGGGUUCUGUAGCGUUGGAUAGAAAUGUGCAUGGAUGAGACGUUUAAUCCUUACUUACUAAUAUGUAUGUAGUUUCCAGAGGCUACCGCUGGUAGACGCGUCCAACUCCAAGACACUCAUCGGGUUGCAUCGGUAGGGAACAAAUACGUAUAGUACUCCAUGACUAUUCGCUGAGUCAAUUCCCAAUUGACUCUCGUACAUCAUUACAUGUGAUCAGUCUUUUCAUGCCGUUACAGUAAAAGGUGGAACUU